AUGCCAGAUGAGCCGUGGAGGGAUGAAAUCCAAGAAUACGCCGUCCUCCUUCAAGCAGUUUCUAGUGGAGACCGAUCAAAAGUCGUCAAACUCCUCGGAGACUAUCUCUUGCGAACCCAGGACGGGAGCUCCGAAGUUGACCCAUCACUUGAUGAGCAGCAACAAGAAGAACAACAGGGUCUAUAUGAGGAUGAUGAGGGGAACUAUGAUGAAGACUACUAUGAGGAUGAGGACGGACAGUACCAUGGCCAGUACGGGGAUUAUGGAGAGAAUGAAGGAUAUGGAGAUUACCAUAAUGAUGGACAACACGAUAUUUAUCCCGACGACCACGAAAACAACGACACAACCUAUCCAGUUGCAAAACAACGGAAAAGAGUACGAUUCGCUGAUGAAGAAGGGACAUAUGCUUUGGAGAAUACUGAGCCCAGCCGCCCCGAAGAUGGCUACGAAUACGACAGAAAUGGUGACGACUACCACGGGGCGGAUUUCGAUCCCAACAGCUAUGAUGGCCCUUAUGAUAGCGACUUGUACAUGUCUGGCGCGUUGGCGUAUGGCGAUCACCAGAGCGAUGGAUUCAAUCAUGCCUAUGACCAGAAUUAUGCUCAGCAAAACGGUGACGGCUAUCUGGGUCAAGAUCCCGGAUACGAUGAUCAGUCUUAUGGCGGCUAUGAUCAAGAGACAUAUCCUGGCCAAUACGAGCCGGACUAUCACAGGCAAUAUGAUGCUACCAGUUCUCUGGGCUCAGCGGGCUAUGAUACAAACGACGCCAAUUAUGCAUAUAACGACAAUGAACCCAACUUGGAGGGAAUUGGCGAUGAGGGUGACGAAACAGCUCUUAUUGGCGAUGAUGAUGAAGCUGUUCGAGACAGCUCUGCCUUUGAUGAGCUGGGGAUCGAAGAUCAAUGGGACGAACAUCUGGAUACAGCAGAUACGAAUGAGAUUGAUCAGAUAGGCCCCGGAAUGGAAGAGCAGGAAGAACAAGUAGGGCAGCUUAAUCCCGACCUUCAAGAUUUUGGAGAUGAGAAAGGCUUCAACAAUCAAGAUGAGGACUAUGAAGAACAAGAAGCUCAAGCAGGCUCGGCCCAUAUGCACAAUGGAACUAGUGUCUCGAUGACAGGCCCUACAUCUGAAGAGGUCUUUGACCAAACAUACGAAGGCCACCUUGGAUGGAAAGACACCACGGAUGAAGCAGACCAUGACCCAAGGAUUGCCACAGGACAAGUCGGCGCAGGCAAUAACCAGGAUCGCCUAGGUUACCCACCAGACUCUCCUUCAGAGUAUUCGGUGGGCUCGAACGGAGGAUCUUGCAACACUGAAGAUGAUGAUAAUUCAUACGCAAGGGACCCCGCAAGUGUACUGAAAGAUACAAACGUCCCAAGCAGCGAAGCAUAUGCUGGCUUGUUGGACGAGCUCCCUCAGGAUUCCGGAGACUCCGAGCCAAAGUGGAAUCUUGAUGAGUUGAUUCCAGACACCAAUCGUCUUCAGGAUCAAAGCAGGUUUCCAGAAGAUCUGGACGAAGAUUGUGAAACAGAAGCAUAUCCAGAGGCCGGUGAUGGAUACAUGACCCGCAACCCCUUAAGACACAUUUACGAAGCCGAAAGAGCCGAUGCGAACCCUGUUCGGCCUUACUACGACGAUGCUCCUCUUCCUUUCAAUAGGCCGCAAGUCAUCUGGGGUGAGCCUUUGGAUGAUGGACUCGAUGCAACGCCGCUGUACUACGACGAGGACCUGCAAGACGAAGAUUACGAAUCCACCACAGAUAGCAUUGACCCUCACUAUAACGUGUUCCAGCUUGGCUCGAGAUUCUACACUCACUUCAACGAUUCAACAGACGAUCCAAAGAUACGAAGGCAUAUGUCUAGACGCGUCAACCCCAAGAGAACUCCCCUAUAUCCUCGCUCCUUCAUCGACAAGAUUCGGGAACGAUUAUCUUAG